AUGGGCACGCUGUGGGCGGGGCAGGGGCCGCACAGCCGGACGCUCCUGCGCUACGAGCCGCACUACCUGCACGCCUGCUCGCUCCUCCCGGUCCUCCGCAGCACGCUCUCCGCGACCGUGAUCGGGCGCCCCGCGAUACACCUCCAGGCCGUGGCACUGCUGGCCUGGUGCGCCGUCCUCCACGCCACUGGCCUCGGGCUGGCGACCGACGACCUGCACGCCUUCGCGACGCUCGCGUCCACCCGGUAUCAGGGAGCGUUCAACAAUUUUAACGCGCUCGUGGUGCUGAUGUUGGCGUUCUUCGUCAGCGCCGUGGUCCAGAGGUUCCUGAGCGCGGCCGAGAAGUACAGGAGCCUGUGCGACCAGGUCGUGACGCUGAGCUUCCAGGCAGCUCAAAUCACCCUGCCGUCGCCGGCGGGACCAGGCGCGAACGAGCGCGCCGAGGACUUCGGCCGCGUCAUCGUGCGCCACGGCUGCCUCGCCUGCGUCCUGGCGCUCGAAGAGGCGGGCUCCGGCGGUGCCGGCCUGGCAGGAGCCCGGAACCCGCAAACCGGAGCAGAGCGCCCGCAGCCCUCGCGCUCCGAGCUCGAUCUCCUGCGCAUCCGCAAGCUCGCGACCGGGCCCGAGGUCGACCUGCUGCGCGUCGCCGAGGCCAGCGGUUGCCAGAAGUACGUCCCUCCUCUGGUGUGGGCCAGCGGCGCCGUCGACGCGUCCCUCAAGGCGUCCCGCUGCACGCCGCCCCUGGCCACACAGAUCCGGGGCUCCCUCGCGGACGUGGCGAAGCUCGCGGCGCAGACCGCCGCGGGGAGCCGCGCGCAGCUGCCGUUCCCGUACGUCGCGCUCGUCAGCCUCACGACGCACAUCUACCUCUUCGUGGUCGCGUCGUACUACGGCGCGCUGCUGCACGCGGGGAUGCCUGAGUUCGGCGACGGCGCGUUCGGGUUCGGGUGGAUGUCGGUGUCGUGCUACGCCUUCCUGGUGGCCACGAACCUCAUCUUGCAGGGCUGCCUGGACCUGCAAAGCAUCCUCGACACCCCGUUCGGACCUCAUCCCGCGCACUUCCCUGCCAGGACGGCGAUCGUGUCCGUCCUCAACACGACGCGGUACAUCCUGAAGCAGCGCCAACCUGUGGACGCGCCGAGCGCCCCAGCGACGCCGCGCUCGCCCGCCCAGGACCGCACGCGGGCCCUCCCGUUCUCCCCGAGACCCAGCGCCGUCAACAACACCAGCACCAGCCUGGCCUACGACGAGCCGCGCACCAACCAGCGCGACGGCGAACAGGACACACAGCAGAAGGAGCCGCCCACGCACCUGACGCCGGUCAGGAGCGUCAGGUCGGGCGGGUGA